AAGAUAACAGGUCACACUUAGUAUUAAGUUUUAAAUUAAUAUACACCUUAAUCUUUCACGAUCCUUAGAUCAUACAACAAGAAGACAAUUUUUUUUAAUAAAAUAAAAAGAUUAAACCUUUGACUUUUCCACUAAAAAUAAUGAAAUUGAGAUCAAUAUAUCAACACCCUUUACAAUUUUGGUGUUUAUGAUGGAGAAAAAAGCAAUCUUGAUGCUUUUUGUGGUUACACUGAGUUUAAUCAGUGGUGAAAAAAGUAAUCUUGAUAUCAAGAAAACACAAAGAUGGAGGAUCCACACUUUGUUUUCUGUAGAAUGUCAAAAUUAUUUUGAUUGGCAAACAGUUGGUUUAAUGCAUAGUUAUAAAAAAGCUCAACAACCUGGACCAAUUACAAGAUUGUUGAGCUGUACUGAUGAAGAAAGGAAAGGUUAUAAAGGAAUGGAAUUGGCUCCUACUUUUGUGGUUCCUUCUAUGAGUAGACAUCCUAAAACUGGUGACUGGUAUCCUGCAAUUAACAAACCGGCUGGAGUUCUUCACUGGCUUAAAUACAGCAAAGAGGCAGAAAAUGUUGAUUGGGUUGUCAUACUGGAUGCUGACAUGAUCAUUCGAGGUCCAAUCGUACCAUGGGAGAUUGGGGCAGAGAAAGGGAAGCCUGUUUCUGCGUACUAUGGGUAUUUAAUUGGAUGCGAUAAUAUUCUUGCGAAGCUGCACACAAAGCAUCCUGAACUUUGUGACAAGGUUGGUGGGCUAUUAGCCAUGCAUAUAGAUGAUCUUCGAGCUUUGGCACCCCUAUGGCUUUCAAAGACUGAAGAAGUACGGGAAGACAGAGCUCACUGGGCAACCAACUAUACUGGUGAUAUCUACGGAACAGGGUGGAUCAGUGAGAUGUAUGGAUAUUCAUUUGGUGCUGCUGAGGCAAGACUCCGGCAUAAGAUUAACGAUAACUUGAUGAUAUACCCUGGGUAUACUCCACGAGAGGGCGUUGAACCUAUUCUUAUGCAUUAUGGCUUGCCUUUUACUGUUGGAAACUGGUCAUUCAGUAAACUAAAACAUCAUGAUGACGACAUUGUCUAUGAUUGCAGCCGGCUCUUCCCUGAACCUCCUUAUCCCCUAGAGAUAACACAGAUGGAAACUGAUCAUAACAAAAGGAGGGCGCUGUUUCUGAAUAUAGAGUGCAUUAAUACCCUGAAUGAGGGCCUUUUGUUACAGCAUGCUGCCUUUGGAUGCCCUAAGCCAAAGUGGUCAAAGUAUCUAAGCUUCCUAAAGAGUAAAACAUUCGCUGAAUUAAGUCGGCCAAAACGUUUGACUGCUCAAAGUCGACAGAUGAUGGAGGUUGAAAUUCAUAAAGAAGUUGAUAACAAUGAGCCUGAAAAGCCCCACCCGAAAAUCCACACCAUUUUCUCCACAGAAUGCUCACCUUACUUUGAUUGGCAAACAGUGGGCCUCGUCCACAGUUUUUACAAGAGCGGUCAGCCAGGGAAUAUCACAAGGCUCCUAAGCUGUACAGAGGAAGACUUGAAGCAAUACAAAGGCCAUGAUCUAGCUCCCACCCACUAUGUACCAUCCAUGAGCCGACAUCCAUUAACGGGAGAUUGGUAUCCAGCAAUCAACAAACCUGCGGCAGUUCUUCAUUGGAUGAAUCAUGUGAAGACAGAUGCUGAAUACAUUGUAAUUCUGGAUGCCGACAUGAUCAUGAGAGGACCAAUAACACCAUGGGAAUUCAAAGCAGGUCGCAGCCGACCAGUAUCAACUCCUUAUGACUACCUUAUCGGCUGUGACAACGUACUGGCAAAGCUCCACACUAAGCAUCCUGAAGCUUGUGACAAGGUUGGGGGUGUGAUCAUAAUGCACGUAGAUGAUCUACGAAAAUUUGCGCUGCAGUGGCUGCACAAAACAGAGGAGGUCCGUCUUGAUAGAUCUCAUUGGUCCAAGAACAUAACGGGAGAUGUCUAUGAAGCUGGGUGGAUUAGCGAGAUGUAUGGUUACUCAUUUGGUGCUGCUGAGUUGAAUUUGCGACAUGUCAUAAGCGACGAGAUUCUGAUAUACCCAGGAUAUGUUCCUGCGCCCGGUGUUAACUACAGAGUCUUCCACUAUGGCUUGGAAUAUAGGGUUGGUAACUGGAGUUUUGACAAAGCAAACUGGAGACACACCGACUUGGUUAACAAAUGUGGGGCUAAGUUUCCCGAUCCUCCCGAUCCAUCAUCACUUGAUCAAACUGACAACAAUUCACUACAGCGCGACUUGCUUAGCAUAGAAUGUGCUACGACAUUGAAUGAAGCUCUUCGUCUACACCAUGAGAGAAGAAAAUGUCCGGAGCCCAACUCUAUUUCCACUCCCAAACUGGAAAGAGUAAAUCAUGACAGAGUCAAUGAUACUCAAACCAAUGCUGAAGCGAGAACCGAUGCUGAAACUAGAACUGAUGCUGAAACUAGAACCGGUGCUGAAGCUAGAAUGGCGGCUGAAACUACCACUUCAAGGAAGUUUGGAAAUGUUGACGACAUUCAGGCCUUGAGGCACGAUGAAAUUCCCAAGAAUAAUUCUCGGGAAUCCUCCCAAGGUGAAACGUCGAACGGGACAUUCACUUCCAUGAGAUUUUGGAUCAUGGUCUUGUGGGCGCUUUCAAUCUUCGGCUUCUUAGGUGUCAUGUCCGUCAUGCUUAGAGGCCGUAAGGGAUUGAAAAAGAGAGGUAAAGGUUACAAGUCUAAGAGAAGAACUUCGUAUUCUGGUUUUUGGGAUACGAAUGGACAGGAUAGGCAUCUACGCAACGCUGAAACAGCAUAGAAAGCUCCGUUCUUAGUACAAACAUGGACAUUCGCGACAAGGUCCGUGAAGUUCAUUAAUUCAGCAGAGACGAAAAAAGUGUUUCUUUUAAUCGAGUUGGUAUUUGGAUAGCUACAACACCAUAUGGUGUAAUUGAAGAUGUUUUUUAUGUUGAGUUGAUUGGUCAUUGUCGUUAGAUCAACUUCACAUGAAGCUGUUAGUCCACAAUUGCCUAAAUAGGACCAUGGCUAGCAACAAACAUUAAGGUAGGUACAAUUUCAGAAAUAGAGUUUCUUAGUCUUGCUGUUUUUUUUUUCUUUCGUAAAGUUCCUUUUUAUUAAAAAUAAGUACAAUUCUUUUGUAUUGUAAUUUCUGCAGCUGUAAGUUUCACAAGUAUAAUAAGUUUCAUUUCAA